AUGGCUACGCCGUCGAAAGACGUCGCGGAGGAGUUCUUCCCGCCAAGGACGCAGCCCAGCAGAGAACAAAUUGAUGCUAACAUGGCCGAGGUGCUCGCCCUCCAGGCGACAGCGCGCAGCGAGCACGGCAAGCGGCCCUUUGCCGGAAUCCUCGUAGGCCCAGACCACAAGACGAUCCUCCUGCGGCACCAGUCCGUCAGCCACGUCGACCACGCCGAGUCGUCCCUGGCGCGGUUGUCUUCGCUGCACUACUCGCAGGCCUACCUCUGGCAGUGCACGCUGUACUCGACCUGGGAGCCGUGCGCCAUGUGCGCGGCGACCAUCUACUGGGCCAACAUCGGGCGGGUUGUCUUUGGGGCGAGCAAUGAUACCCUGUUCAAGCUUACGGGAGCGGGCAACCGGGAGAACUUCACGAUGAAGUGGGGGUGUGCUGAGGUUGUUGGGGGCGGGCAGAAGGACGUUGAGGUUGUGGGGCCUUUGGUGGUGGAGGGGUGGGAGGAGAAGGUUGUUGCUGAUGCGGAUCUAUACUGGUCCAAGGUUAGGCAGGGCUGA